AUGUAUGAUCUUUUAUACAUGUGUACCGAAGACAGAUGGGUAAACGCUGACGGCCAAUGGAUCAGUGAAGAAAAUUACUGGGCAAGUCAGGUACUCCAACAACAGGAGCAACAACAACAAAUCCAACUACUCCAACAAAACCAACACCUCCAACAAGAAAAACAAAACCAACAACAAGAACAAAUCCAACAACUCCAACAUCUCCAAAAACUCCAACAACUCCAUAUUAACCAACAACAAGAACAACUCCAACAACUCCAACAAAACCAUCAGGACCAACUCCAAAAACUCCAACAAAACCACCAAUUCCAACAACAAAAACAACUCAACCAACUACAACAACUCCAAAAAAACCUAAAACUCCAAAAACUACAACAACUCAAACUAAAUGAACAACUCCAACAACUCCUAUCACAACCAAAGCAACCGGAAAAACCACAACCACAACAAGAACAAUCCCAACAACAACAACAGAGACAAGAUACACAACAGGGACAACAACCACAAAACCAAAAUGUCCCAGCUCCACAAAUUAGCCAAGAUCCAAAAAAGCCAAACGACAUUGAUUUAACUUUGGUCAAUUCAAAUGGAAAACUAAGUAUUCAACCAACCCCAUGGAUUGAAAUAGAAAAGGCCUAUUUACGUUUAAAUGAACGUAUAGAACUUUACCAAUUGAUGCCAAAAAAUGAAAUCCCAGGUGAUGGUAAUUGCCAAAUGCAUGCAUUAUCAGACCAGAUCUAUGGUGACUUACUCCAUAGCAAAUUAAUUAGAUUUAGAAUUGUCUGUUGGCUUAGAAGAAAUAAAGGCUUUAAACUUCCAAAUGGAGCCACUCUCUCUGACUUUAUCACUACAAACAGUUGGGAGGAAUACUGUAAUAAUAUGUCUAAAAAUGGCACAUGGGGCGACCAUUUAACAUUAGUCGCAGCAGCUGAAGUUUUUAAAAGAAGUAUUUCUAUAAUCUCAUCAGUUGAAUCCCAGAGUAGUUUUUUCAUAGAUAUUACUCCAAAAAGUAAAGAAGACGAUAAUGCAAUUUUAUUAUCACAUUUUGCAGAAUUCCAUUACGGCUCUUUAUGCCAAUUGGUAGAUUAA